AUGGCGAUCGACGACUCGAUGCAGUCCCGCAUCACAACAGACUGCCCCGACGCAACUCGCGAAAUCCUCCUCCACGCCUGGAGCCAUGACACCUCCGCCCUGAAGAAACUCCUACAAGAACCCGGCCACGCGAGCUGCCAGGAUCCGACGACCGGCGAGACACCCCUCCACGCCGCCAUUCGCGCUUGCGGGCCUGCCCCCGCCGCUACCACCGAAAACGACAAUGACAACGAUGACGGAGACAACGGUGAAGACCUACAGGUCGAAGAAGCCAAGGAGACGGUCCACGAGCUCUUUCUCUCCGGCGCAAUCUGGAAUGACGUCGACAACAAUAACGAGACGCCGGGCUGCCUCGCCCUCCGCCUGGGCCAGACCUCGCUCUACAAGCUCUGCGUCGAAGCGGGCGUGCGCGCCGAGAUGCUCUUUGGACUUCUCGACGGGUACGAGGCGCUCUCCUCGGGGGGUUCUGAGAUGGACGAAGACGAGGACCAGUACGAGGCUGUCGAGGUGACUGAUUCCACAGACGCGGUUAUCGAGGAUGUAGAAGACACAGAAGAGGCCCCAGAGCUCGUCGAAGCACCAGCAGAACAAAAAAGGUUCCAGCCCCCCACCGUCGAGGACCCAAGCCUCAACUCGGAAGAGUAUCUGCGCUCCAAUCUGACCUACUCGGACGGCAAACUCGUCGACGAUGGCGGCAACGGUGUCAUGAUGGCCUGGGAGACGGACAUCAUGCGCAAGAGCGUCGACGCCCUCAUUCCCCCUAACCCCGCCUCCGUUUCAGCCACCAGCGGCAAACGCAUCCUCAACAUCGGCUUCGGCAUGGGCAUCAUCGACACCAUGUUCCGCUCAACCUCCCCCUCAAGACACCACAUCAUCGAAGCUCACCCUGAAGUCCUCUCGCACAUCGACGCCAACCCCUCCGAUGCCUCCAAAUUUGGCGCAGCAUGGGAGGCCAGCGGUCCCGAACAAGGCGCCUACAAGAUCCACCGCGGCCGCUGGCAGGACGUUGUGCCGAAACUCCUCGAGGCCGGCGAGGUCUACGAUGCAAUCUACUUUGACACCUUUGGCGAAGACUACGGCCAGCUAAAGAUGUUCUUCACCGAGUUCAUCCCGGGUCUGUUGGAUUUUGAAGGACGCUUCAGCUUCUUCAACGGCUUGGGGGCAGAUCGGAGGAUAUGCUACGAUGUGUACAUCAAGGUGGUGGAGAUGCACAUGGCGGAUGCGGGUCUAGAUGUCGAGUGGGAUGAGAUGGAUGUGGACAUGAAGGGGUUGGAAAAGGCUGGCGCCGGCGAGUGGGAGGGAGUGGUGCGCAGGUACUGGACUUUGGACAAGUACCGCUUGCCCACCUGCACGUUCAUGGGUUGA